AAGAAAAGAAAAUUCUAAAUAAUGGUUAGAGAUAGGGGACCAACUAACAAUGUGAAAGGGUUCCCUGUUAAAGAAAAACGAACCUUUUUUCCUCUUAGCCUCACUUUCCUCUUUCAUUAGGGUUAACAAGUUCUUUUAUUUCUCUGAUCAUCCGAUUCAACACAAAAAGGAAAGCCCUUUAUCACCACCAUCAUCAUCAUCAUCAUGGAAGGAGAGGUUUCAGGUGAAUUUCAAGACUGGGAGCUUCUAGUAAACUCUGAUACGGACAUGGUUCAUUCACCUAAUUCUGUGAAUAAUUCAAGGAAUUUGGAAGAAAUUGAGGCUGAUUCUGAAGGUGUUCUCAGGUUAGAUUAUUUUUCUCUUGAAAAUGAUAGUAGGUAUGCUAAAACUGCUGCUGUUGUUGAUGCUAGUGAUGAGGGUUCUGUUGAGUCUGAUAAUCCCAGCUGGAUUGAUCCUGGCCCUGAGACAAGGUAUAAUCAGAUCACAAAUUCUGGUGAAUUUUGGUCUGAUUCGGGUAGCGACCGAUCUGAUGAGAGAAAAGCUAGUGACUUUGAUGUGAAAAAUGAAUUGGGUGUUGUUGAUAAUGUGAAGAUGGAAGGUGGGUUUCAGGGGAUUGGAGAAAUUGAAUGUAAGGAUGAUACAGAAGGGAAAUUUGAGUCUUUUGAGGGUAGUCUUAGUAAUUUGGAAGGUAAAAAUGAAAUGGGAUUUGAAGAGAGUUUGAAAAAUGAAAUGGGAACUGGAGAUUUUGUAGACAAUCUUAGUAUGGAUAAGGAUUUGGGUGAAUCCAAUGUUGAAAAUUCGUCCAAAGAAGAUAAUUUGAGCGUUGUUGCAGUUGUAGAAAAGAAAUCAGAAGGUGAUGAGGAGAAGAGGAAGGUAGUGUGGUGGAAGGUCCCUUUUGAGUUGUUGAGAUACUGUGUUUUCAGAAUUAGUCCUGUUUGGACUUUCUCUAUGGCUGCAGCUGUGAUGGGAUUUGUUAUCUUGGGACGGAGAUUGUACAAGAUGAAGCGCAAGACAAGAAGCUUGCCACUCAAGGUUACUGUGGAUGACAAGAAGGUGUCUCAGUUCAUGAGCCGUGCUGCGCGUCUUAAUGAAGCAUUUUCAGUGGUGAGAAGAGUCCCCAUUGUAAGGCCAUUGUUGCCAGCAGGCGGGGUGAAUUCAUGGCCUGUGAUGACUCUCAGAUAAAAAGAAGUAUUAUCGUACGUAGAUAAAAUGGGGGGGAAGAAGCAUUACAGGAACAUCAUGUUUAAGAAUUAAUGUUCUUCUUGUUUGCUUUGCUAUGUAAGUAACCUGAGUGUUUUUAGAUUUUCUUUCUUGGAAUGAACUUUGUUUAAAUAUGUGUACAAAUUCCGGACUUGAUUUAUAUCGAUGAUCAUGUUAUCUUUGGCUUA